UCUCUGACUCCGGCGGAACUCCUCUUCUCCUCCAGAUCCGCCGCCUCCUCGAGUCCCGUCGUGGCUCCGCGGGGGUGCAGCGGCUCCUCGUCCGCGGCGGAUCCGGAGAGCGGGGUCUCUGGAGCUGCGGGGGGCGGCGGGAGCGCCGUGCGGCCGCGGGGCCCCAAGGGCGGCCGCCUCGGGAGGAUGGUCCGGCUGGGAGCGGAGCUGGCGCUGCUCCUGGGGCUCCUCCUGCUCACGCUGCACAUCACCGUGCUGAGGAGCAGCCCCCUGCAGCAGGGCAACGGCACGGCCUCCGCCGAGCAGCACCGCCUCAACGCGCUGCCCGCUCAGGGCGACCCCCACGGCGAGAGCGGCUCCUCAUUCCGGCCGACCCACGGAGACCGGCGCUCGGCCCCCUUCCCCCACCGGCGCACGCAGUCCCCCCACUCCGCCACCGGCAUCCUGCAGAGGGAUGGACCCGGGGCCUUCCUCCUGGACCUCCACAACUUCCCCGACCUCUCAAAGACGGGCGUAAACGGACAGAACCCCAACAUUCAGGUCACCAUCGAGGUGGUGGAUGGGUUGGAAGCGCCGGAGCCGGAGAAGGACCUCCGCAAGGAGAGCAAGCCGGCCUGGGCCGCACCCAACUGGAGGAAUUGGUGGCAGCGUUCGUCCCCUGCUGUGGCCGCCCGCCGCCCGGAGGAGCAGGAUUACCCGUACGAUGGGGACACCGACGACAGCAACUUCCUCAAGCCGAUGGAGGAGUGGGAGCAGCGGGGGGGCGGCAAGAUGCACACAGAAUAUGACUACAUCGAUGGAGACGGGGACUGGAGCACCUGGUCAUCGUGCAGCGUAACUUGCGGAAACGGGAAUCAGAAGAGGACCAGGUCGUGCGGGUACGCCUGCACGGCCACAGAGUCGCGCACCUGCGACGCGCCCAGCUGCCCAGGGAUUGAAGAUGCAUUCAAGAUCGCGGCUACCGAAGUGAGUUUGCUGACGGGGAGCGACGAGUUCAACGCAACAGAGCUCUUUGGCAUCGACACGGACAGCUGCGAGAGGUGGAUGAACUGCAAGAGUGAGUUCCUCAAGAAGUACAUGCUGAAGGUCACCAAUGACCUGCCCAGCUGCCCCUGCUCCUACCCCACCGAAGUGGCCUACAGCACGACCGAGAUUCACGACAUCAUCUCGCGUAAGGACUUCCGCUGGAAGGAUGCCAGCGGCCCCAAGGAGAAGCUGGAGAUCUACAAGCCUACGGCACGGUACUGCAUCCGCUCAUCGCUCACCCUCGAGUCCACAACGCUGGCCGCCCAGCACUGCUGCUACGAUGACAGCAUGCAGCUCAUCACGCGCGGGAAGGGCGCCGGCACGCCCAACCUCAUCAGCACCGAGUUCUCGGCCGAUCUGCACUAUAAGGUGGACGUCCUGCCCUGGAUCAUCUGCAAGGGCGACUGGAGCCGCUACCACCAGGCGCGGCCGCCCAACAAUGGCCAGCAGUGCGAGGAGAACCCUCCGGACGAGGACUACUACAGACAGUUUGAGGAAGCCAGGGAGUUCUGAAGCUGUUAUCACGUGGCUAGCAAGGAGGAAGUUGACUUUACCGAUCUUUCAGAGGGCGCAACCACUUUUUCCUCACGGCUCUUGCUGGAGGUUUUUGCCAAACCUCGGAGAGCCUCGAUAUUCAAAAGGACCGCCUCGAAAGGCGGUGCAUUGUUCUCCGACAGGCUUCCGACCGUGUUCCUCGAGGGCAAAUGGGAAAAAUGCCAAAAGCAAAUCUCCGACGUGCGGCGCCAGCGUUCUCGUCGCGUCUCACGGCGAAAUACCUAAACGAACACGUAGACAAUCGAGGAGCACGGAAGCGGCUCGUUUCGCUCCCAGCAGAAGGCGUCGGGGUGGCGGUCGCCCAUCGGCGGUCGUUCCCAGCGACCGAAGGGCACGACUACGAGAAGUGGCACUUUCUGAGUUUGAAAAGUCCGAUCUCCCGCCCGUCUCCGGGUUCGAUAUUCAGGUUCCCAUCUAAAGGACUGUACACUUAUUUAGCAUGCAUCGAGUUUCUACAAAUAACCCACAGCUGUAUUAUUAUCAUCUGUUCUCCCUGUCCUCACCCUUCUUGGAUGUAAAAUAAAAACCUCUAUUAUUUUUGUAAAGUAUUUAUUAAGCUGUAGCUACGUCCUGCGCCUUGGGCAUAAUUAUGUGGUUCAUGUUUGGAGCAGGAAAGUGCGCAUUCAAAUGUACUAAAAGACCGA